AAAAGCUUAUAAAAAUAAAACUUAGACAAGAUGGCUGCUAUAGUAAAUGAGCAUGGUUGCAUCUGUUGGAAACAUCGCUAGUCUUCAUUUAUUACGGAAAAGUUUUAAUUCAAUUGUUUAAAAACAGAUUAUUCACAACUGAUUGAUGCAAGCUUUACAAUGGCUCUUGUCCAGUGGAGAAUAUAUGCUUUUCCGAAGCGGCUUCAAUUGAAGUUACAUGAAUGUCUACAGUCAGUACGAAUAAUAUUUCUGUCUCUGUGCUAUAACCAGUUCACAUCAUGGAACACUGCUAUGGACACAGCAUUCGAACCAAUGUUCUGGGUUGUGGAUCAUACAGCACGUUACAUGGGGCCUAUUAUGGUAACAAUGGUAGUACUUUUGACAACUCUAGUUGUCAUGGUGUUCUAUGCUUGCAUCUUUCCCCACAUUUACUAUCAAAAAGAUAUCUUCUGGUCCGUCUUUCAUUUUUUCUUCUCUCACUGGCUGCUCAUAAACAUUGUUUUCAACUACAUCAUGGCAGCAUUCACUCACCCUGGUCACCCACCACAGAAUGUUUCUCAUGUCGUAUCAAUAUGUAAGAAAUGUAUUGCUCCUAAGCCACCUCGUACACAUCAUUGCACUAUAUGUGCGUCUUGUAUUUUGAAAAUGGAUCAUCAUUGUCCUUGGCUUAACAACUGUGUUGGAUUCUACAAUCAUCGUUACUUUUUCCUGUUUGUUGUGUACAUGUGGUUUGGUACUGUAUAUACAACAUUUGCUGGUUACGAUGUUUUUAAACAACAUUUUUUCGGCAACAAAGAGUUGAUAGUCCCAGCUUUCUUUUUCCCAGUCAACAUGGUUUAUCACAUGUGGAAAGAUUCUGGGACAAAAUCAGAGACUAAUCCAUUAUCAACAUCAUCAGAUGGCAUUGUCAAGGGUGCUGAGGAUGAAGAAAUAAAGGCUACACUAGAAGAUCAGUUUUUUCACAAUGCUGUCAUUCUACAAUUUCUCUUGUGUGCUGGAGUAGCAGUUGCUCUGGGACUUUUGGGGGUGUGGCAUGCAAGACUCAUCUCUCAAGGCCAAACCAGUAUUGAACAACAUAUUAACAAGAGGGAAAGGACAAGACUGCGGAAGAAAAAUCUUGUAUAUAAAAAUCCUUACGAUUUUGGAGUGAUUCAAAACUGGAGAAUUUUUCUUGGAUUAUGUAAAGGGAGAUCAUUUGUCCGGCACAUUUUGUUGCCAUCAAGGCAUGAUCCAGUUGGAGACGGGAUCAUGUGGGAAACUGCCACAUACAAGCUGGAACGCAAUUCUGUUUUGGAUCUUUUAUGACAAAAAUCUAAGACCGAGUAGAUAUUUCUGUUUUAUCUGUGUAAUUUAAAUGUUGUUUAUGCUCAUAAAAUUGGAAAAAAUGCAUAAUUUAUGAGUUUACUGUGGAGAGAAAGUUUUUAUAUUAAAAAAUUCAUGUACAACUGUUGGCUACCUUGUUUGAUAUUAUAUGUUCAUUUGGUUUAAUAUUCAACAAAAUUUCUGACUUUUUAUUGUGAGUUGGGCCAUAUCAUGUUAAUGUAUUUAAACUGGACAAAUUUACUACUUGCUGUAAAUAUUAAAUAUGUGACCAAUCAGGUUGAUUUACUGACAUAUUUUACUUGUGUUUGCUGAUAUUUCAUAUUUUAAUUAUGCUUGCUCAUGAUAUUGAACAAAAUGGAAAUAUGUUUCCAUUCAAUUGUGUUUUUGUAAUAAACAAAUAAUC